AUGGACUACCCAUCGAUAUCCCCGGCAAUGAAUAAUGAAUCAGAAAUUCAACGAAUUUUAAGUAUACCUAUUGAACGCGACGAUGAGUUUGCUGAUAUUGGUCUAAGUGAUGACGAAAAUUUUGAAUUGCCCGAAUUAUUUGAAAAUGACGACCGCAUUUUAAAUGAAACUAUAGACGAUGCUGAGAAUAUACUGAAUAAUCCAGUGUAUUUUUCUGAAGAAAAUAUAACUAAUUUCGGUUCUUCAACGUCACAAUCCCCUAUUGUCAUUCAAAUUCCAUCAGAUGUACAAUCUUUGCCAACAGAAUCUGUUUCAACAUCUUCGUCAUUUGUUUCACAAAUACCUAUAAGUAGAAACCGUAGAUCCACAAGAAAACUAAUUGCUUCUAAUAAUUCUAAAACAAAAAAUAUACCAAAAAUAAAAAAGUUGGACCCGAUUUGGAGAAAAGGAAAUUUUUCACAGAAUCUCGAGUUUAUAAAAUUUUUUGGGGAAAAGCCAAUGCCUGACGAAAUAAAAGAAAUGAAAUCACCUAAAGAAUUUUUUUCUUAUUUUUUUGAUAACGAAUUAUUAGCACAUAUUGCCGAACAGUCUACACUUUAUAGUACUCAACAAAAUCCCGAAAAACCAAAUAAAAUAACGAUAAACGACGUACGACAUUUUUUGGGCAUAAUUACAAUGAUGUCAAUCGUCCAUCUACCAAAUACGAGGUCAUAUUGGUCAGAAAAUACUCAUAAUAAAAUAAUAAGAAAUUGCAUGAGUGUAAAUGUGUUUGAAAAUAUUAGGCGGUAUAUGCAUUUUAACGACAACACUUUAGAUUUACCUAGAGAUAAUCCAAAUCGUGACAGGGUUUUUAAAGUUCGGCCACUUAUUGACACACUCAAUAAAAAGUUUAGCUCUGUACCUAUCGAAGAAAACUUAUCAUUAGAUGAGCAAUUGUGUCCAACUAAAGCUGUAUCAUAUCUCAAACAGUAUCUCCCUCUGAAGCCUCAUAAAUGGGGGUACAAAUUAUUUGUUUUAUGUGGUGUUUCUGGCUACGGUUAUAACUUUGAAAUUUACACGGGAAAUGAAAAUAAGGAAGACGAACGAAUUAUACACAAUGAACCAGAUUUUGGAGCUACAGGCAACAUUGUUGUGAGAAUAACUAGAAUGGUACCGGAAAAUGUGCACCAUAAGUUAUUUUUCGAUAAUUACUACACCUCAUUACCAGUUAUGAUAUAUCUAGAAAAAAAAGGCAUUCACACAGUUGGCACAUUUAGACGUAAUCGUUUUCCAAACGUCUGUUUGACAGAUGAUCGUUUAUUGAUGAAAAAAGAUCGCGGAUAUUCUGAAGAGUGUUUCGCAGUGGUUGAAGAUGUCCCUAUUUCAGCUGUUGCAUGGAAAGACAACAAGGUAGUACACGUAUCCUCAACUUUUGUAGGUGAACUCGAAAAAAAUGUAGUGAGUAGAUUUGACAAAAAAAAAAAAAGACCACCGUUAUUGUACCUAGGCCGAAAAUCAUUGAAGUUUACAAUAAACAUAUGGGUGGGGUUGACCUUAUGGAUUCUAUGA